AUGCAAGGAAUCAUUAUUAAAUUUUCCGGCGAAGCGGAAACGAAAUGGAAUACAGUCGAAUCGAAAACAGAUCAGGAGGGCAAGCAGUACGAAUCUACGACGAACCUGACCGGUCAGGAGGAGUACUUCCAGAUUCAGUACUAUCUGCUAGGGGGCAAAAAUAGCAAGGAAAUCGAUCUACCACCAGGAUCGCACACUUACCCCUUCACCUGUGCUCUUCCUCCGACCCUACCGUCGUCCUUUGAAGGCGAAUGGGGCUUUGUGCGUUACACGAUCAAGGUCACUCUUGACCGUCCCUGGAAAUUUGACCAGGAUGUCAAGAUGGCGUUCACCGUUAUCUCGCCGGUCGAUUUGAAUCUGAAUCCCCGUGUCAGCGAACCCUUCAAACUGGAGCUGGAGAAAACAUUCUGCUGCUUCUGUUGUAAAUCUGGCCCUCUGAGCUUGAUUGUUCACGUGCCGGUCACUGGUUUCGUAUCAGGACAAACCAUACCGAUGACCGUCGAGUGUGACAAUGCAAGUAACGUGACGGUAAAUACGAUUAAAUUAUCGCUAAGAAAGAAACUAUCUUUCCACGUCCAUAACCCACGGCGAGAGACGAGACAAAACACGGAAACAAUCAAGGAAAUUUCCUUCGGUCCCGUGGAACCCGGUGGCAGUCAGACGUGGGCCAAGGAGAUUACGAUUCCUCCGUUGCCACCGUCCAAUUUGGUCAACUGUGGCAUCAUCGAUGUCGAUUACGACAUAAGCGUUGACACGGCGUGCUCGGGAAUGCACAUCAGCCCGGAAGGAAUUAUACCGAUCGUGCUCGGUACAGUGCCACUGGCGUCAUUCCGACCACCAGCACCCUACACGGACAAUCCACCGGUCGAGACCGAUCCCUCGAUGCUGCCGACGCAACCGGUCAGCCCGGCCAGCCCACCAAACGGAGCCGGCGGGGCGAUGGGUUGGAACGUCGUGAACGGAGGGGAGAGCAUGUAUCCCAAUAUUCCGCCGCCAACAUUCGCCGAGGCCCAAUUCCGGGCACCGAACAUCACCACCAAAACCGACAGCAAGUUUACCCGAUUUGUCGGCCCGGCAGAUUAUGCUCCUCGCUAUCCCACGUAUGCUUUCACCCCUUCGGCCCCUCCAGCUGACUUAUGAACAAUUUUCCCUUCAAAAGGAUCGAAAAACGGUGUUUUUCAAGCAGAAAUUUCGAGAACAAAUUUUUUUAUUUUCUUAUUGUUACAAGAAAGGAAAAAAACAUUGUUUGUUGCGUAAUCAAUUCAGUUUCCCAUAACAUCAAAACGUUACGUUUUAUUUGUUUUUUUUUUCUUUUCUAGAUUAAGAAUGCCUACAUUUAUAUAACAUUAUAAUCAAUAUCGUCUGUAGACAGCGGCCACACGCUGUUUCGAUGUAAUUUAGCUACUACCAAUCCUAACUGAAACAUUACAAUAAUCGAGUCAAAACGCACAUCCAGUAAAAGUAACGAAAUGCAGCUAAUAUUUAACACCUUUGGGGUAUGUGACCAUGUAUAACUAUAAAGCCAUCUUGAAUAGUAAACAAUCGAAACUCCUCAUGGUUAGAGUUAGAUUAGAGAGCAGGUCGAAAGUAGCGGAAGAAGAACUCAAAGUUCAAAAAUGUAAGCACCGAAUUAUUAAAAUAAAACACGUUUGCAGCAAUGUAAAUUCCCAUAAAAAAAAAUCUUGAAAUGUGCGAGGAAAGAAGAAUUUCAAUAUAUGUGUAAAAGUAAACACAUGUAAAAACUAGUAUGAUGGCUUCCUCACGCUCUACAUAAAUGCAACGUAAACAUUGUAUUGAUCUUCGUGUUCCAGUUAAAAC